UCCAACCUGAUGAACUGUCUAGUGUCGCUGCGCUAGCAAAUCCAUCGCUGCCUUCUUGUCAUGUUUUGAGCACAAGAGCGGUGUUUUGUCCUACUGGAAUACAAGGAGACACUACCACAACAUGCUGCCAACGAAGUCUACGCUUGAAGGUGCUUGAAAUGCCGUGGGAAUAGACCAGAAGGACCAACAACAGUUCAAAGUAUUUGCUCAAUGCCCCAGUCGGCAAGAAUAGCCUUCGAGUUCCCACAUCACACCACAUCCAUGUUGACUGCGGCAGCCUUUCCACUGGGUCUACAAGCACCACAACCCCUUUGUUCUACUGUGGACAAGAUACGGUUAAAUCACGGUGGUUUGUGGAAAGACCAUGGCAUGUUAUAAUGUACAUCCCUGUUUUAGUCUGAAGGGUUGUUUACGCGUUAAAAUGGCUGCUGAAAUGGCAUUUGGAAGAAAGCAGUCUUGAAUCAUUGCAGUAACGUUUAAUUACCUAGCAGAGAAAACAGCAAAUAAGCUACGGAGAGUAACGAAUAAUGUUUUAGCCAGGCACAGUAUUCAACGAGUUCGCUGCUAAAUUAGCUUUAAUCGAUGCUCGGCUUUUUCUGUAGGUUCUUCCAACAAGAGGUGGGGUGAAGGGAAUUCCUCCCACUCCAAAUCUAUGCAUGCGGUUAACAGGCAGCCUUUAAAACCCUUGGCUAACGUUACGUUUUAAUAGCCAUUUUGCUUUGUACACAGGCUAAGCUAAGACUAAAUGUAAGUAUGCCUAGCACUCGACGAAUAUGCAGGACUUCUUUGUUUUAAUUGAAGCACCCUGAACAGCCGAAGCUUUUCCCCAAAAAGCAGAACUAAAGGCCCCGGUGUUUCACUCGGCUUGGUUGACCUGGAGGAAAAAAUGGAUCCUGGUGGGAAAUGUAAGACUGAACUGUUACUCUUUGGACCCAAACUAGCCACCCACGGCGACUUGCGGGGUAUCAACAGAUACUUGGUGGUCUGUGUUUUGUUUUACUUUGUACUCUACACUCACGCCUCCCCGGCGAAACCUUGUGACAAGAACUGUCUCUCUGGAAAAUGUAUCAACGGAUCCUGCGUCUGUGACCGAGGAUGGGUUGGAGACCAGUGUCAGUACUGCCAUGGCAGGUUCAAGUUGACGGAGCCCUCAGGAUAUCUCACAGAUGGUCCAAUCAACUACAAGUAUAAAACAAAGUGCACAUGGCUCAUCGAGGGCUUUCCAAAUGCGGUUCUUCGGUUAAGAUUUAACCACUUUGCUACAGAAUGUAGUUGGGACCAUAUGUACGUCUACGAUGGCGACUCGAUAUUUGCUCCGCUGGUUGCUGUUUUCAGUGGUCUCAUCAUACCGGAAAUACGAGGAAAUGAGACGGUUCCUGAGGUUGAGACUACUUCGGGCUACGCACUACUUCACUUUUUUAGCGAUGCUGCAUAUAACCUUACGGGGUUUGAAAUAUUUUAUUCGAUCAACUCUUGUCCCAAUAACUGCUCCAGUCAUGGGAAGUGCACGCCCGGUAACUCGGCCGCCAGCAGAGUGUACUGUGAGUGUGACAAGUACUGGAAAGGAGAGGCCUGUGACAUCCCAUACUGCAGGAACAACUGCGGCAGCCCCGACCACGGCUACUGCGACCUCACCGGGGAGAAGCUGUGCGUCUGUAACGACAGCUGGCAAGGCCCAGACUGCGCUCUCACUGUUCCUUCAACAGAGUCCUUCUGGGUUCUUCCAAGCGUCAAACCCUUUGGCACAUCACUCGCCAGAGCUUCCCAUAAGGCUGUGGUGCAGGAAAAGGUCAUGUGGGUCGUGGGCGGAUACACGUUCAACUACAGCUCCUUCCAGAUGAUUCUCAACUACAACCUGGAGAGUGGCAUCUGGAGCACCGUUCCCGUCAGUGGUGGCCCCGUGCCAAGAUACGGCCACACUCUCGCUGCCUACCAGGAUGAUAUCUACAUGUUCGGGGGGAAGCUGGAGGCGGGUUUGAUGAACGCGACGGAGGAGCUGUGGGUGUUCAACUUACCCAGCCGGACGUGGCAGCGGAGAACUCCUGCGGGGGGUGCACAGACUCAGAUUUACGCGGUGGAAGGGCACUCGGCCCACUGCGUGCUACUAGACGAGGGCGAGGCCAUCAUGCUUGUCAUCUUUGGCUACUCCCCCAUCUACAGCUACGUCAGCAACGUCCAGGAGUACAACCUGACUCCCUAUUUUGCCGUGUCCCCACAGCGGCUUUCUCCCUGGGUGGGCCUGAGGAAGAUCAACGUGUCGUACUGGGGCUGGGAGGACAUGUCCCCCUUCACUAACAGCAGCCUGCGAUGGCUGCCCGGAGAGCCCAGUGACUCUGGGUUCUGUGCCUACCUGGAGGAGACCCAGGUGUCCGGCCUGAGAGCCAAUCCCUGCACGGCCACCGCCCACGGCCUCAUCUGUGAAAAAGCUACCGGAAACCCCAACCAGAGCAGCCGUCCAGCCUGUAAGAAGCCGUGCUCGCUGCACACCAGCUGUGCUAACUGCACCAACCAGGCCAUGGAGUGCAUGUGGUGCGGAAAUGCCCAGCGCUGUUUGGACUCCACCGCCUACGUCGUCUCUUUCCCCUACGGACAGUGUCUGGAGUGGCAGACUCGAGACUGUUUGGCCCAGAACUGCUCCGGCCUGCGGACAUGUUCCCAAUGUUUGGAGCAGCCUGAGUGCGGGUGGUGCGGAGACCCCAGCAGCACGGGGAAGGGUCUCUGCACGGAGGGCUCUUACCGUGGGCCGCUGAAGAGACCGGCGAAGCAGGGACAGCAGGUCCAGCCCUCGGACAUGGUCCUGGAGCCGGGCGUCUGCCCCAAAGACAAAGGCUUCGAGUGGGCCUUCAUCCACUGCCCCGCAUGCCAGUGCAAUGGCCACAGCAAUUGUGUGAACGGCAGUGUGUGUGAACAGUGCCGUAACCUCACCACCGGUCCUCACUGCCAGACCUGCAUGCCUGGUUACCAUGGAGACCCGACCAAUGGCGGCAAAUGCCAGGCCUGUAAGUGUAAUGGUCAUGCAAACGUGUGCCAGGUGUUAACUGGCAAGUGCUUCUGCACCACCAAGGGCAUCAAAGGAGACCAGUGCCAGCUAUGUGACUCAGAAAACCGUUACCUUGGCAAUCCACUCAGAGGAACCUGUUACUACAACCUCCUGAUAGACUACCAGUUCACCUUCAGUCUCAUCCAGGAAGAUGAUAAUCACUACACCGCCAUCAACUUCAUGGCCUCACCUGAGCAGGCUAACAAGAACUUGGACAUGUCCAUUAACGCAUCCAACAACUUUAACCUGAACAUCACCUGGUCGGUGGGAUCCACAGCUGGAACCAUCUCUGGAGAGGAAGUGCCCAUCGUGUCCAAAACUAACAUCAAGGAAUACAGAGACAGUUUCUCCUGUGAGAAGUACACCUUUAGAAGCAACCCCAACAUCACCUUUUAUGUCUACGUCAGUAACUUCUCAUGGCCCAUCAAGAUCCAGAUUGCCUUCUCGCAACACAACAGCAUCAUGGACCUUGUCCAGUUCUUUGUUACAUUUUUCAGUUGCUUCCUGUCUCUCCUCCUGGUGGCUGCAGUGGUUUGGAAGAUCAAACAGACCUGCUGGGCUUCACGACGGAGAGAACAGCUGAUGAGAGAGCGUCAGCAGAUGGCCAGUCGUCCGUUUGCCUCAGUCGCGCUCUCACUGGAUUCCAGGGGAGAAGAAACGGAACUGUUGCGUCCUGUGGUUGAAAUUUCACCCAAAGUGUUCUUGAGUCCUUCAAAGCACCAAAGACGCCCAUUGGAGAAUCUCAAUCCAGAAUUUGGUGCGCCUAAACCCGUUGCCAUGGAGCCGUGUUCAGGAGGAAAAGCUGCUGUGUUGACCGUCCUCAUGCGUCUCCCCUCUGGGCUCUCAGACUUACCUCCUCCAGGACAGUCAGGACUCAUCGUUGCCAGUGCGUUGAUAGACAUUUCACAGCAGAAAGCAUCAGAUUUUAAGGACAAGUCCCAUGGUUUAAAGAACAGAAAAGCCCAUCAUCCAUCGCACCAAGGCACCUGUGUCUGAGUCAGAGACAUGGCAUGGCUACAUGUAGAAAAUAACAAUUGGCUGCUACCACUCGAGUUUUCACUGAAACUUGCAAAGUCCACAAGAGCACAACCCUGCUUACUUUUCCUGCCCUCGGCUCUUGUCUACGUAAAUCCACUUUCAGGUCACCUGAUCUCCAAUCUCUGGAACCAAUUAACUCCAACUAGAUGGAGCCUAAUGUUCUUGUUGAGGGAACCUGCCUGAUCAGCGACAUCAGAGACAGAUUCAUCGAGAGGAUUCGCUCCCACCGAAGCUUCAGUCGUGACACCUCAUCAUCCAUUUUGCUCAGCAUGAGGGAAGGUGUCUGUACAUUAGGUCAGAUCAUCACGACACAUUCUGCCUAUGGGGGUUUUGUUAUUUUUGCUUGCCAACCAGUGGUAUUCUAUGGUGCUAAAGCAUUUAGUUCCUAUGCGAAUGCCUUUUGCUAAAUCACUCUGCCUUUUCGUGGGGACAGCUAUACGCUAUGCCUCUUUUUAACACCCCCGUGAUAGUGUUUUGACAACACCACUUUGCCAAUUACCAUUAAUGAUCUGUUUUAGCAUUUCCUGUACAUAGGUCUCAUCCAGCCAGCUGAAGCUAAAGUCUGUAUUUUCUGUGUAAUACAUAAUACAAAUGCUGCAGAGAGACUGCAAACACUACCAGCAGCACGGAGGGAACACUGCUAACUGGAAGAGGCACGGACAAACUAUCAGUCAUAGGACAAAAGCAUGGAACAACUCGGAAACCAUAGGAACAAUUAGAUGCAUUUAAUUAGCAAACUGGAAUUUUCAUUUGUCACAAAAUGCCAGAUUUGUUUUUUUUCGUGUGUGCUUACUGUUACAAAGAAGUUACAUAAUGCAAAGACACACCGACGUUCUGGUGGGUCUUUACUGUACUUUGUUAUUGUGUCAUUUUGCUGUGCAACUUUUUACACUUGGAUUGGAUUUAGUUAGGUGGGCAGAUGCCGUCGAAGAAAAAAGGUGUCUGCUUUAAAAAAAAGAAAAAAGACCAGGGACAUCAUGUCCC